AUGUCCACUGUCAGGUGUUUAAUCAGCCUAGCUGCCAGUAAGAAUUGGAGAAUUUUCCAACUAGAUAUCAACAAUGCUUUUCUUCAUGGACACCUUGAUGAGGAAGUCUAUAUGAAAAUUCUUGUGGGUGUUACUGCCCCACCUGGUUUUGUUUGCAAACUCAACAAGUCUUUAUAUGGUUUAAAGCAGGCAUCAAGGCAGUGGUUUGCUAGAUUACACUCUGAACUAAAGUCACAGGAUUCUGGUGAUUUGACUGUGGUGGCUGUAUAUGUUGAUGACAUCCUCAUCACAGGAUCCAAUGAGGAUAAAAUUGCUGCCCUGAAAUCACAUUUGCAUCUCACAUUCAGCAUUAAGGAUUUGGGAGUUCUUAAUUUUUUUCUUGGUAUUGAAGUCAGUCAUACCAAUGAAGGUUAUAUUCUUACUCAAAAGAAGUAUACCAAGGAACUUCUUCAAGAUUGUGAGCUGGACAUUUCCAAACCUGUUGUGACUCCAUUUCCUCUCAAUCUAAAGCUCACCACUGAAGGAACACCUUAUCACAAUGCAGAACUAUAUAGAUGUUAUGUUGGCAAGCUGAAUUUUCUCACUCACACAAGACCAGAUAUCUCCUUUGCUGUUCAAUGUUUGAGUCAAUUUAUGCACUCUCCUACUCUGCAACAUAUUGAAGCUUUGACUCACACUCUCAGAUACAUUCAUUCCACUUCAGGUCAAGGUAUUCUACUCAGGGCUACAGAACAGCUCACCUUGCAAGCUUUUUCUGAUUCAGAUUGGGCAGCCUGUCCAACAACAAGGAGAUCUGUUACUGGUUAUGUUUUACUACUAGGAAAUUCUCCUAUUAGUUGGAAAUCGAAGAAGCAAUCAACCAUCUCCAAAAGUUCUUCUGAAGCAGAAUAUAGAGCAAUGUCUCAAGCUGCUGCUGAAGUUACCUGGAUUGUUCGACUUCUUGAAGAACUAGGGGUGCACAAUUUGAAGCCUGUUGCUCUACAUUGUGACAACCAGUCAGCCAUUCACAUUGCUACAAAUCCUAUCUUCCAUGAGCGCACAAAGCAUAUUGAAGUGGACUGUCAUUUUACUCGAGAUAAGGUUCUUGAGGGGCUUUUGCAUCUAAGUUAUCUUCCUACUCACAAUCAGUUAGCUGAUAUUUUUACUAAAGUUUUACCCGGUGCUCAACACAGAAAUCUGUCUACCAAACUUGGCAUGAUAAAUGACUCUCCCAUGCCAAGUUUGAGGGGGGGGGGGGGGUGUUGGUAUUCAGCUCAGCUCAGCAACACUGCCAGCAACAUGAUCACAACAACAGCAAACAAGCAAGGCUGCAACAAUCAUUUCUUCUAG